AUGGCCGACUCACUGCACAACGCCCCUAUUGUGCUCGACAACGGGUCAGGGACAAUAAGAGCUGGUUUCGCGGGUGAAGAUCUACCAAAAUGCUACUUCCCGUCGUUCGUCGGUAGACCGAAACAUCUCAGAGUGCUGGCCGGUGCUUUAGAAGGCGAAGUCUUCAUCGGCCAGAAGGCAGCCACCGAGCUAAGAGGGCUGCUCAAGAUCCGUUACCCUCUUGAGCAUGGCAUCGUGACGGAUUGGGAUGACAUGGAGAAGAUCUGGGGAUAUGUGUACGACGAAGGACUAAAGACUCUCAGUGAAGAACAUCCCGUCCUCCUCACAGAACCGCCCCUCAACCCUCGCAGCAACCGUGACACCGCGGCACAGAUCCUAUUCGAGACAUUCAACGUCCCUGCUCUAUACACAUCCAUCCAAGCUGUACUAUCGCUAUACGCCUCCGGCCGUACUACCGGUAUCGUUCUUGAUGCCGGCGACGGUGUUUCACACGCGGUGCCGGUAUAUGAAGGCUUCGCCAUAACAAACAGUAUCCAAAGAAUCGAUGUGGCUGGAAGGGAUAUUACAAACUACCUGCAGACGCUAUUAAGAAAGAGCGGCUACAUCUUCCACACAAGUGCUGAGAAGGAAGUGGUACGGCACAUCAAGGAGGCGGUCACAUAUGUUGCCCACGAUCCGAGAAAGGAAGAGAAGGAAUGGGCUGCGGCGAAGAUGGACCAAGGGAAGAUUGCCGAAUAUGUCUUGCCAGAUGGCAGCAAAUUAAAGGUUGGUGCGGAGCGGUUUAGAGCACCAGAAAUACUCUUCGACCCCGAAAUCAUAGGUCUCGAAUACCCCGGUGUCCAUCAGAUCGUUGUCGAUUCCAUCAACAGGACGGAUCUUGAUCUCCGGAAGGCGCUAUACUCUAACAUCGUGCUCUCGGGAGGCAGUACGCUUACCAAGGGCUUCGGAGAUCGGCUCCUGACGGAAGUUCAGAAGCUGGCAGUCAAGGACAUGCGCAUCAAGAUCUUCGCGCCUCCGGAACGAAAGUACUCUACCUGGAUAGGAGGCAGUAUCCUGGCGGGUCUGAGUACAUUCAGAAAGAUGUGGGUGAGUAUUGAUGACUGGCACGAGAACCCAGACAUCAUUCACACUAAAUUCACAUGA